AUGCCUGGUUCAAUCGAAUCAUCUGAUAACAACGAGGACGAUAUAACCAAUAUAUACGAUAAUGAAGGAAUUGAACAGGAUUCUGACGUGCAAAUGAUUAAUAUCGCUGAUGGUGAUUUCGGGAAUCCAAAUAAUGGUAGUGAUGACGAACUGUUACUUACACCAGAAGAAGAUACAUCACGGAAAAACUUCAAAAAACCAAUCUGGUUCUGUAGAUUUGUUGCUGAAUGGCCAUCCGUUGCUUUUGGACUUGGAAUAGCAGGACAUAUAUUCAUAGUCGCCACAACUGUCACCCUUUUGCAUCUAGGGUAUGACGUAUUCCCAACCAAUUUUGAAGAAUUGCCCGUGAAUAUGGAGAAUCAGCCAUGGAUCAAGAGAGAUUUAGCUUGGAGGCGAAGGGAUUCUUAUUCCCACAAAUUAGUUGGUAUAAAAUUUCCAGUCGUUGCUACUGGUCAAGAUUUUAUGGAAAUCGUGAUCAGUGCCAAAUCGGGAAAUGUUUUGACGAAAUCCAUGAUGGACGAUAUGAAAAAAUUCGAAUCGCAAAUUACGUCACUAAAACAUUAUGAUGAUUACUGUCAUAUUCAGCCCUCGUCCAAAAAAUGCAUUCCACCAAACUCAAUUCAAAGGCUUUUUGACGGAUCUUUAUCGAGUAUAGAUCCUAUUUUCAACGAUCCUAAUUUUACGAAAAUACCACAAGUUCUUUACACCGCUCUGCAAAACAACAUAACAAAUUUCCACGUGAAGUAUGCAUUACCUAAAGACACUAAUAUAACCCAGUCACACGCUUUUGCAGGAAUGAUUAAUUUGUUGAGAUCUGAUGAAGUUUUCACAUCAACACUGGAACAUAAUUCAGUAGAUUUUUCCGAUUCCCCAAUCACUCCGUGUGAUAUAUUCCUAGUCUGGGGAAUUAAAGAGCAAGAUUUAAGUAAUUGUUAUUUCGGUGAUUACAAGUGUAGAGGGAUUCAGAGAUAUGAUGAUGAUUUUAACCCAAAUUCUCAAGAAGCACAGAUAUCUUUUCAGAAAUUAUGUAAUAAGUUGUUUUCAAUGACAACAGAAGAAAUUAAAAAAUAUAGAAUACAGAUAGAUCAUAAAACUGGUUUGCCGAAGAUAAAAUGUUUUGCUCGAGAUAUUGACAAAUAUUUACAGCAAGCUGUUCCACCAACAGUUUUUGAUGCACGUUUACCAUGGGACCUGGAAAAAACUAAGAAGGUUAUAGGGCAUGUAUUUCCUGAAUAUUAUAAUGUAUUCAAUAUAACCCCAUCUUAUGAUGAAUAUCUAAAUGCUGCCUUCAAUCUCUGGACACUGGGUAACUAUGUCCAGAACAACACUGAGGUAUUAAAAGGCUAUGAUACCUUGAUAGGUCAGAUGGAAAGUCCUUUCACAAAAACCAUUGUAUCUAAUCCAGAAAUAAAAGUUGGAAAUAAGUUUAGAUAUGUAGCAAUUUCUAUCGAGACGGAUAUUAAUGGUUUCUACAUGGGAUUUGAAGAAGGAAUUCCACUAAUAGAGGCUUGGGAGGGCUUUAUGAAGGAUCAGUUGUCUACAAUGCCUAAAUCUCUCCAGAAAGGUUUUCAGAUAUCACCGUAUGGGACCUGGAAUUGGAUCUACGCACAGAGGGAAAUUCAAAGAAAUGCUAUCACAGGUGUAAUAUUGGGAUUAUGUUUAACAACUGUUAUCUUAGUUAUUUCAAUACAUAAUAUAAUAACAAGCUUAUUAGCUGCCUUAACUAUCUGUAUAGUAACUGUUUGUGUUAUUGGAACGCUACCUAUUAUUGGUUGGAAACUUGGUAAAAAAUCUCUGGUUUUAUAUUAUUGA